AUGUUAAAACUUAGAACUGUAAAAGUGGUUCGUUUUGAAGCUAAAUUCAUAAGUAUAUUAUCAUUAAUUGUCAAAUUAUCUCUUGCUAUUGGUUGUUUAUAUUUAAUGUUUCAAAAACAUGCUUAUCAAAUAUUUGAUCGUUCACCAAUAUCAGCUGUAACAAUUAAAGUAAAACAAUCAUCAACUUGUUCAAAUAAUAUUUCAACAAUACGUAAUAUUUUUAAUUAUAAUUGUUCGAAAACUUUAUAUGAUGUCAAUGAUUAUAUAAUACCAGCAACAGAAAAUUCAGCUGUAUCAAUAACAACACGAAUGGUUGAAAUAGAACAUAUAUUAAAAUAUUGUGAUGAUACAAAUAUAACAAAUUCUCAAGAAUAUUCAUCUUUAUUUAAUACAUCAAUACAUACAUGUUCUCAUGAAUCACGUUGUAUUUUACCACCAUUUUAUCGUCAUGAUAAUGAAUAUGAAAAUAUAUUGAAUAACGAAACAUUAUGUUGGUUUAAAGUACUUCCAACAUAUGAACGACUAAAUUAUCAAGCACUUGAUUAUAUUAUAUUUAUAAAACAUUUUGUUGAAUUUACACAGUUAGGACUUGUUAGACAUAAUCUUUUAUCAGAUAUUAUAACUACAGAUUAUUUAAAUACAUGUGAAUAUGAUCCAGAUAAACAUCCAUCAUGUCCAAAAUUUCGAAUUUUAAAAAUUUUACAAAUUAUUGAAACAAAUCCACAUGAAUAUGAAUUAAUGUUUUUUUAUGGAUCAUUAAUUGAAAUUAGAAUUACUUGGAAAUGUAAUCUUGAUCGACAUCUAAAGUAUUGUGAACCUGUUUAUGAAUUUCAACGUUUAGAUAUUAAACCAUAUGAAGCAAAUCCUUAUGAUCCCGGUUCAAAUUUUCUUACAUCGAGACACUUUUUUUUGCCUAAUAGUCAUGAAUUACAUCGUAUACAUACACAUAUAUAUAAGUUACAGAUUAUAGUGUCUGUUACUGGUGAAGCUGGAAAAUUUGACCUAUUUCAAACUACAACAAGUAUUGGAUCGUUUCUUGGUAUAUUUGGUACAGGAUCAAUUGUUUGCGAUCUUAUUGCAACAUUUCUCAAUAAUUUUAAAAGAGUAAAAUAUGGUAAUUAG